ACAAGGUGACGCAGGCUUGCCAACUUCCUCUGUGUUUUGGUGUAAAGUUGAGAUAAACUACCCAGAUUGAAAGUGAAGGGAAAAUUAUUUGAACUUAAGUUAACUGUAGAAAUAGCUUUUUCAACUUUUUUGGCUCAUCAUCCAGACAACCAUGAAGUGGGGAUUACCCUGUCCGAGGCCACUUUGGGGGAUGAAGUUCAUGUUCUGGUUUUGCUGUGGUCUCUUUUACAUAGCUGGAGCCAAUGGCGAGAUGUCCCACGCCCACGCUACGCUGGGUGUUUCUGCUCCUCACCUGUACUACACCUGUCCCACAGGAGCAACUGUGAAACUGUUGUGUGCCCAGAGAGGUGCCGCCUUGUACCAUGAAGAUGUCGUGAAAAGUAGCUGGCUUUUUACACAGCACAGUGACCAGCACUGUACAGCACGGCAAGGCCCACGCGGUAUUACCAUUGGUGCUCAUCCCCAUGGCAACCACACUUUGCCCGCUGGCUUGGACUUUGGAUCGUCAGAGAAGAACUUCUGGGUGUCUCUAAAGAACGUGAUGCCCGCUGACCAAGGUCGCUACUGCUGUAUGGUCCUGGACUUCCAUAUGGCGAAUAAACACAGGACCGUGGUGCAGAAGCCCCACAGUCACGUUAUACUCCAAGUAACACCACGGAGAAAUGGAUCCCAAGAGUGCACCGUCUGGGAUCCAGCGCCACCUGGAGGCUCUGUGCCAGUGGCCUUGGCCAUAGCAGCCUGCAUCUUGGCUCUGCUCUCACUGCCUCUUAUUCUGGUGCUUGUGUAUAAACAGAGGUACAACGCCCAGUCGAGCAGACGUGCACAAGAGCUGGUGAGGAUGGACAGUGAGGCUCUAGGCCACGAGAACCCUGUGUUUCUCGGGGGAUCACCGCAGAUUAAGACCCGUACUGUUUCUCAGAUCAUGACCAGACAGUCCUCAGAGACAGGACGCCACCUGUUGUCUGAGCCAGGAACCCCCUUCACUCCUCCUGUUCACGGUGACGUGUUCUUCCCAAUCGAAGACACCAUCCCUGAGUCUCCAGACUUAGUGCAGAUUUAAAAGGGGAUGAAACCUCCUUCGUCGCUUUCACUGCUGACCUGAAAACAGUCCUCCGAUUCUCUUCUUCCUCUCUCUGCCUUCACAGCAAUAUUGUCCUUAUGGUCUAUCUCACAAUUACCUCUACUGGGACUGUCAUCUGUACAGUGUCUGGGCCGCAGGAGGGAACAGACUGCAUUUUUGUUCCACCUGCAACAACAGCCGGGGGGCCAAGAGCAAACUUUUGCUUGUGAUCAUUUGUGUUGUGGGGGGAGCUGGGUAUGUGUGUGACGCUCCAUCCAAAUGCUGCCAACAGCUUGUGGACCAACAGGUACCAUGGUCUGGUGGGGCCUGAUGCUUGAGACGAUACCAGGGUGAUGAGGGUGGGGUUCUGCUGUGUGCAGGAGUGGUUAAGCAGUUCCUGUGGACUUACACACCUAACAUGUUUGGUGCAGUUGGUUCAGACAAACUGUGGUGAGUUUAUCUGUUCGGUUUGGUUCAUCUUUCGAUGAUUUGAAGCCUGGUGCGGACCAACAAUCAGACUUAAACCACCUGGUUCCUGUCCUUUACCAGUUCAACUCUGGUGCAGUUCAUUUUUUGCAAAAUGACCAAAUAUACAGUGGUGUGAUAGUAUACAUAGAUUUCACAUACACAGAUUUCAGCAUGAUUUUAAAAGCAAAGCUAUUACAAUCUCCCAUGUAAUUAUGAAAGAUCAUUUGGUAACUAUUACUACU